AUGUUCUCCGCCUCAAAGGAUCUAUCGGCCUUGAGCCGAGGUGCUGCUCAGGCUUCAGCCAGCAGUAAUGACUACCGUGUUGUGCUGCCCCGCCUUCCUACCGGUAAGCUGGUUGUGGACUCCGUUUUUCUGCACGCGGACUUGGCUGGUCGCCCUUACCGUGCUCAAGACUUCAGAGAUGCUCUUCGGAACAUUAUCGACCUAAAGGAAAUCAGCUCCAUAGGUCAGUUCCAAAUGUCGCACGUAUGGAUGGUGACGUGCAAGUCAACAAUUUCGAAAACAAAGUUAGUCACACGUGGUGAAUUUCUUGUCAAGAGCCGUCGAUGCCUUGUGGUUGACCCGGAACCCACAGAAGUAAAGAUGAAGCUCCUGUGGCUUCCUGAGCACUUAGAAGACACCUACAUUCGAGAUGCCUUGCAUGUUUUCGGGAAGAUCAAGUCAAUAUCAAUAGAAAGCUGGAAAGUAGCGGACAUGGAGCAAAUGCGGACUCUAAAUCGUGAUGUUGUAUUGUCCCUUGCCGAUGGAAUCCGAGUGGGUGACAUUCCACAUCUCCUGACAGUCUGCGGAGUUCAAAGUCUUGUCCUCAUUCCUGGGCGGCCACCACUUUGUCUUCGCUGUAAUAAGGUAGGGCACAUUCGUCGUAACUGCAGGACUCCUCGCUGCGACGACUGUCGACGCUUUGGUCAUUCAGCUGAGGAAUGUGUCAUGACUUACGCCAACAAACUACGACAACGUACGCAGCAACCAGAUGAGAACUUGCAAGAGCAUAUCAUGGAUGCCACAGAAGUUCUCGACGCGACGGGAGACACUUCGUCAAGCACAGAUGCUACAGGAUUAAGCAGAACGCCUACUGAAGACGCAAAGAAAACAACAGUUGAUGCGUCCGAGGAAGCUGUGGUAAACGAAGAACCGAGUGGACCAUGCAAGCAGUUGGACCAAAUUUGUCCUGACCAGCCUGUUAAGGAACAGGCCGUACCUUCGGAGACUUCCAGUGAAGAGGCACCAGAUAAGAGCGCCUCAGUUCCGCAGCAGCCGUUUCAUCCUGCCUCGGUCUCGGAAGACGACAUGCAUGUUUCUGUGGAUGCGGCAAUCCCCAAGCGCCGCGCGACGUACAGCUCCGAUUCAAGCAAGGAGAGCGACACAACGAGUGUGAAUCGGAAGAAACAGGCUCAGCUCCGCAGGCUUUUUACAAGGAAACGACUCGAUUUUGUCGCCAUCCAGGAGACAAAGAUCGAGAGUGACGAAGACACUGAGAAGGCCCUACGGCCCUUCCUGUCCGACUAUAACUGCGUGGGAAAAUUCAGGAAGGCGUGGAAGCUCGCUGCACCGCAGCCGCAACACGGACAAAAAAGCAAGCAAGGAGGGCCCCCAUCACCUCCCAAGACUGGCGCGAAGCAGCAGUUCAAGCAAAACAAGCCCAAGCCGAGCAAUGUACCAGCCGGACAGAAGCCGAAGCCGCCUACUUCCAGGCCGGGGAUUUUCCACAGCUGGCAAGCCCACCCAAACCGGUGA